AUGAGAGAACGCCCUAAAGGUUUAGUUAUCAAAACUGCUGUUAGAAACAAGCCACCAGUAAUUCCAACACGAUCAGGACUACGUAGACAAUCAAAUGCUCUUCCUCCUAUUACUGAAUUUCAAGCCACUAGCACUGAAACGAAGAACAAUCACCUUCAGUCAUAUGAAGUUGAAAAUGAGCUUGUACUUGAAAAAAGCCCUAUAAAGAGUAAGGAAAACGGUACUGUUGAUAUUGAACAGAUAUUACGAGACAAUCCUCAGCUAAAUAGUAUAAACAUGAAAACGAACAACGAUAAAGCUUCUCAUGAAGUUUCAAAGAUAAACAUCAAAAAGAAGUUUACCACUUUUUUAAGAAAAUUCAAAUUUACUACUAAUAAACAAUCCAAAGUUAUACUUGAAGACCCACCUGCUAUUCAAACACCAACCACUCAUAUUAAAGAUGGCGCUUUAAGAAUCGAUUAUACACAUCAAGAAGUACAUUUUAAUGAGGCAUCACCUAGCAUAGUAGCACAUCAUUAUUUACCAAAGAAUUCGAUACGUUUACAAAAGUUUUAAUAGCCAAAGAAAACUCUUUCCCUUUCUUUUUAAUAU